AUGAACCAUCUGCACCUCUCCAACCUCCUUCAUCUCCCACAACUCGCCCAUAUCUUCACCCUCGGCCCUCACCAGACCCAUCAACCGGCGGAUGCUGCAAGCGUGACGCUGCCUCCUUGCCUAAAAUCGCUCAUUGUUUCAAGUUCUUGUCCUAAUCCCGACACCAUCUUCCCAUCAGCUUCACCGUUCACUGGGCUAGAGGAGCUGCUGAUGAGCAACUGCAGUGAGCUGACGAGCCUUCCAGACCCCAUCGGAGACGUGCUGCCGUGCCUUCGCAAGUUGACGAUUCGCUAUUGUUUUUCUCUUGACCGAUUGCCUGAAAGUUUCACGUCUCUAAGCCGUUUGGAAGCCCUCGACGUUUCUGAUUCUCACACAUUCACCUUACCCAGCAACUUCGGCCAUCUGCCUGCCCUCAAACUGCUGGUGCUGAAGUGGUUGUCUCUCACCGAACUCCCUCUUUCCUUCAGUCAUCUUACGUCUCUCGAAGCACUUUCUGUGGAGAAUUGUCGCUACUUUCGACAGCUGCCAGCAGGGUUCUGCCGCCUCACUGCUCUCAAGGCGCUCUGCUUGCCAAUCCGGGAGCUGCCAGAGGAGAUUGGAGCCCUUGCAGUACCCUCGCGGCUGGAUACACUCACGGGGCUCAAGAGGCUGGAGCUGUUUGCAUGUUUGCAGCUGAGUGAACUCCCUGCUGCUCUGCCCCCCUCUCUUGAGACCCUCACUUUGGGGACAUUUAAGGAAGGCUCUUCGCCUUUCGUGGACAUCUCCCAGCUGUCGCAGCUGAGGGUGCUGAAGCUGAAGGACGUCGGGGUGCGAUGCGGGCCUGAAGUGAGCGGCAGGUUCGCGUGUCUGCAGCAGCUGGAGCAGCUGGAAAUUUGUUGGCAAAUCGACACUCAAGAGCUCCCAGUCCCCCUGACCUUUCUCCCUCGCCUGCGCAGCUUGCUGAUAGAUGCACCUAGACUCUGCAGCCUCCCGGACAAGAUGGAGGCUGCGUUGCCGCAGCUGCGGCAUUUGGAGCUGCUUUCUUGGUCACAGGAGGAGCUGCCAAGGAGCAUAAUGGAGCUGCUCACGUUGACCUCAUUGGCGAUCAACGCACCUCGGCUGGUCUUGCUACCUCAAGGCAUGAUCCGCUUAACUCGGCUGCGCAAGCGAUGGCAAGCUGAGUUGGAGUGGGUGCGCCUGUUCUGCCCUCGCUCCUCUUGCUUCUCCAUCUUCUCGUUCAUAAGUUUUUCCCCUCUUCCCUUUGACUUCUUCACCCUUACACGUCCUGUUCUCUUCCCUCUCGGCUCCACUGUCCUCUUUGUCCCCACCGCCCCCAACCUAUGUUUUUCUCAUCCUUUCCUCGUUCACUCUCCCCCACCCCACCUUUCCUUUCCUCGCGUGCAGGUGCCCACUCUUGCUUCUCAUUUCUGCUUGCCAUCCGCCUUUCUCCCUCAUUUCCCCUUCUCAUUCCGCCUUGCCUCCUUUGUCCCCU